CAUCUUUGACGUGUAACUAGUGGCAGAGCGCGAAUACAAAAUUAGACACUACUGUGGUCGUAAACAGUGUCAUUGUUGGUUAUCACUCUAGAGAUGUGCGAUAACCUCUUACGUAAACGGCGAAGAUAACGUUUAAAGCCGUCGAACUUAUAGUUGCGAUGGCGAAUCCAGAAAUUGUGAUUGUAGGUUCUUGUAUGAUAGAUCUUUGCUGUUACGUGUCACGCUUACCAAGAUCGAGCGAGACACUGGAAGGUUACAAGUUUAAGAAAGGUUUUGGAGGAAAAGGUGCAAAUCAGUGUGUAUCGGCCGCUAGAUUGGGAGCUCGAACAGGACUAGUAGCUCGCUUGGGUGAUGAUGUGUUCGCAAAGGAGUACCUCGAGGAGCUACAGAAUGGUGGGAUUAAUACAAAGCAUGUCACAGUUACGAAAGGUGUCUCCAGUGGAAUGGCCCAGAUAACAGUGGCUGAUAGUGGGGAAAACCAGAUAGUGAUUGUACCUGGAGCUAAUACAUAUCUUGAUGAAAAAGACGUAAAUAACGCCAAGGAAAUGAUUAUAAAUGCUAAGAUUGUCCUUUUCCAAAUGGAGACACCUCUAACGACUACAAUGCAUACUCUUCAGCUCUUGCAAGGAAAUAAGGGGGAAAACCAGAUAGUGAUUGUACCUGGAGCUAAUACAUAUCUUGAUGAAAAAGACGUAAAUAACGCCAAGGAAAUGAUUAUAAAUGCUAAGAUUGUCCUUUUCCAAAUGGAGACACCUCUAACGACUACAAUGCAUACUCUUCAGCUCUUGCAAGGAAAUAAGGGAAUUUCCAUCCUGAAUGUAGCACCAGCCAGUUCCAGCCUUCCUCCAGAGAUUUACGACCUUGUUGACAUAUUGUGUGUCAAUGAAGUUGAGGCUGAAACAAUAUCAGGCCAUUCUGCAUCAUCCGUCAGUGAAGCAAUUCUGGUAGCAAAAGAUCUGCAACAGAGGUCCAAAUCUGGUCGAUGUUCCAUCGUCCUGACACUGGGUGAAUUUGGAGCAGUAGUCGCAGAAGCUGGAGGAAAGGAUGCAAUCCAUAUACCAGUUCCACAGCAUAAGAGUACUUUUGGUGCUGCACCAGUUGUUGAUUCAACAGGUGCCGGAGAUUCAUUCUUGGGUGCACUGGCAUUCUUCCUCGCACGCUGCCCAAAGUUGUUGUUAACUGAGAUGGUCAGCAGGGCAUGUGCUGUGGCAUCCAUCAGUGUACGAGCAGAAGGAACACAGACUAGUUUCCCUUAUGCACAUCAACUACCACCUGAAAUAUUAAUGAAUUGCUGAUAUUGUACAUAAUAUUUGUGAACUGGGUGCAUUAUUUCAUUACACUGCUUUUGGAAGAC